GAAAGGGAGCCCAGUGCGACGAGGCGCUUAUCGAGCUCAUACAGCAGCAGCUCGAUGAGAACGGGACCGUCGUCCUUGACGGCCAGCUCAGCGACGACAUCCUCUACAACAGCCGCUUCGACAAAAUUCGGAAGGAGCACACCCAGUUCUUCCAAGGAAAGGACGGGAAGUUCUUCCUCGUCCUCUUUAAGAGCAGCCCCGAUGGUGUUGUCGUUGCAAGAGAGGACCGACCUCACGAAGUUUGUGUGGUCGGUGUUGGCGAUGGCGAUGGCCCUGGAAGCGAAAUCCCGGUCCUCGGGGCCGGUGGCAUCACGUUUUCCAAGGAGACACCUGGAAGGGUCGCAACCGCCUUGCGCCGACUCCAUCAGAACUUAGGCCAUCCCCAACUGCACGACUUUGUCAGGCAUCUUCGGCUUGCUGGAUGCGAAGCUCCUGUGCUGAAAGCAGCACGAUCGAUGCGAUGUCAAGUAUGCGAAGCGAGCGCAGGGCCAAAGGUGGCCCGCCCCAGCACCGUUCCGGUUCUACAUGACUGGAACGACACCCUUGGGAUCGACCUCUUCUUUGCGCACGAUAUCAACGACCGGAAGCACACCUUCCUGUCGGUCGUGGACUACGGCACAACGUACCACCUGGCUGCCAGGCUUGAUGGCCACAGCGCUGAUGACAUCGAGGCCAAGUUCAACGAGAUUUGGGUUCUGCCGUUCGGCCCGCCGAAGACUGUCGUCGUCGACCUCGAAGGAGGUCCUCAGGCCGCCCUCGCAAGGCUUUGCGAUUGGCACAACAUCGGGAUCAGGAAUGUGGCGACGCAGAGUCAUUGGCAGGCCGGAAUGGUUGAGCGACAGCAGGCUUGGUGGAAGUCAAUAUGGGAGAGGGUGACCUACCAGAUGAGCGUGGGCGAGGGCGAGGUCGACUUGGCUACUUCGACCAUCAACAGCGCGAAGAACGACCUUCGCCGCAAGUGCGGCUACAGCCCUUCCCAAUGGGUGUUCGGGAAGGCCCCACGGCUACCCGAAGACCUACGCGAUCCUGAUGGAGGAGAAGAACUGGUCUGGGAUGUCACCCAGGAUGCAAAGUUCCAGAGGCAAGCAGCCAUGCGCGCAGCUGCGCGCGUAGCCUUCCACAAGAGUCAAGUUGAUCAGCGCCUUCAAAAGGCGUUGCUCCAGAGAACGAGGGUGGCUUCGCGGCCGUACGAGAUUGGAGAGACGGUCCACUUCUGGUUCAAGCCGAAGAACCGGCGCAAAGGCGAAUGGUCAGGCCCCGCGGUCAUCGUGGGUAAGGAAGGAGGCAACUACUGGCUUUCAAAGGGCGGCCGAUGCCGAUUGACUUCUCCGGAGCAUGUGCGCCCAACAACACCUGAGGAAGUGGGGUCCUUUCUUACCAUGAAAAACACCCGCGACGAGGUCGAGAAGCUCCUUGAGUACGACCCCGAUGACCCGGACGUUUUCGAGGACGAAGAGGACGAGGACAUGCCCUACGACCCCGUCGACGAUGUCUCGGUGGACUACGAGCCCAGCGAGAUGGACUAUGAGGGUGCAGCGGAGGAGGCCCCGGUUCUGGAGCCGAUGGCGGAGGAUGAUCUAAGGCCCCCCCAAAGACGUCUCAAGCGUAAGACCAACCCCAGUGAGGCUGGUCAGCGCGACAAUGAGAUAUGGAUGCUCCGGAGCGACCUCACUAGGCGAGGGGUGGAAAAGCGGAAGGAGAAGGAGUUGAAGUGGUCGGAGAUCCCGGAGGAAGCUCACCAGAAGUUCCGCGAGGCCGAAGAAGUUCAAUGGCGGGAACAUCUCAGUUACGAUGCGCUGCAGCCACUUACCCUGGAGGAGAGCAACGCCGUCCGUGCUCGAGUACCACCCGACCGAAUUCUCCGGUCACGCUGGGCCUAUAAGGAUAAAAACUAUGCGCGUCGCCGAGAUGGAGAAAGUGUUGGUUAUCGCUGGCCAUACGGACCCAGAUCUCGGGACCGAGCGAUUAUCAACCGAUGCGCCGACUUUGUCAAGAUGCGGUUUCGCGUGUCUCUUACAGAUGGUCGCCAAUGGAAGGAAGGAAGCGAGUCCAUGGACCCUGGCCGCCGGAGAUAUCAGAUCCCUGUCUACGAGGCCGGGAAGAAAGUCCACUACCAGUUCGACCAAUGUCCCCUCGACCCCUGUGUGUUCGUCCUGCGGAAAUGGGAGAACGGAGGCUUUGUCGGCAGGCCGGUCGCCUUCAUGGGAUGUCAUGUGGAUGACCUCCUCAUCGCGGCCCCCCGCCAUCUUCAGGGACGGAUACAAGAAGGACUUUCUGAGGCUUUCCCAAUCGAGGACUGGGAGAUGGACGAUUUCGAGUUCCUCGGUUCUCGCAUCCUCGUGGACGACGAGACAGUUACGGUGAGUCAGGAAAAGUACGCUACUACAAGGCUCUUUCAGCUCGACGUCCCCAGUGGUGCAAGGGACGAUGAGAUCGCGACCGACGAGCUCAUCAGUGACAACCGGAGCCUUAUCGGUGCCCUUUCAUGGAUGUCCUCUACCAGCCGCCCAGAUUUGACUUGCUCGGUCAGCAUGGCCCAGCAGUUGCAGAAGCAGCCGACGUACGCCGACCUUCGCUUCACCAAUGCCACCGCCGCCAAGGCCCUCCUCUACAAGGACCACGGCCUCACCUUCAGACACAUCCCUCCCGAGCGCAUGAUGAUCAUCGUGUACCACGACGCCGCUUGGGCGAACGUCCCCGAGCCGGACCCGGAGGAGAGCUACUACGUCCUCACCCCUGACGAAGACCUACAAGGCCUACAGACGGAAGGGCCGUUCGCCGAGCGAGAAGAGAAGCGAAAGGCAAAGAAGGGGAACUCCAAGGUCGCCUCACAGUUGGGCAUCCUCGUCACCUUCGCCGACCGGGGAUGCCUGUCGGGGGAAGCUGGCAACUUCAGCAUUGCCGAUUGGAGAUCCAGAGCGGGACAGC